UGUUCUAAGGGGACGGAGCAGGGGAAGACGUUUGCUCUCCCGGAACAGCCCGUUCUCGUUCCCGUCCCUCGAUUACCCGUGGCGUCGAGAGUCGGGGCGGCGGCUGCGGCAGCAAGGGCGGCGGUGGCGGCGGCGGCGGCUGCAGUGACAUGUCCAGCAUGAAUCCCGAAUAUGAUUAUUUAUUCAAGUUACUUCUGAUUGGCGACUCUGGGGUUGGAAAGUCUUGCCUCCUUCUUAGGUUUGCAGAUGAUACAUAUACAGAAAGCUACAUCAGCACAAUUGGUGUGGAUUUCAAAAUAAGAACUAUAGAGUUAGAUGGGAAAACAAUCAAGCUUCAAAUAUGGGACACAGCAGGCCAAGAAAGAUUUCGAACAAUCACCUCCAGUUAUUACAGAGGAGCCCAUGGCAUCAUAGUUGUGUAUGACGUGACAGAUCAGGAGUCCUUCAAUAAUGUUAAACAGUGGCUGCAGGAAAUAGACCGUUAUGCCAGUGAAAACGUCAACAAGUUGUUGGUAGGGAACAAAUGCGAUCUGACCACAAAGAAAGUAGUAGACUACACAACAGCAAAGGAAUUUGCAGAUUCCCUUGGAAUUCCAUUUUUGGAAACCAGUGCUAAGAACGCAACGAAUGUAGAACAGUCUUUCAUGACGAUGGCAGCUGAGAUUAAAAAGCGAAUGGGUCCUGGAGCAACAGCUGGUGGUGCAGAGAAGUCCAAUGUGAAAAUUCAGAGCACUCCGGUCAAGCAGUCAGGUGGAGGUUGCUGCUAAAAUUUGCCUCCGUCUUUCUCUCACAGCAAAGAAUUUGCAAUCUGAACCCAAGUGAAAAAACAAAAUUGCCUGAA